AUGGCUAACCCAGUGGGAAUGGGAACUCUCAAUCCUCCGCCACCGUCGAACAACACUGUUCGCGUGCGCAUGGUAGACACUACCUCAGUUAUGUCUCUGCACGCCGAAGCCUUUUUGAAACCGGUCAUGCCCGGACACGAGAUCAUGAGCGUGACGACCAUGGCCUUUCUGAUUGAAAACGAGAAACUUGGAAAGAAGGCGAUGUUUGAUCUGGGGACACGAAAAGACUACUGGAACUCUCCGCCGAUGACGCUGCAGCGCAUCAAAGAUGCUAUUCCCGGUGUCCGGAUUGACAAGGAUGUUACUGAGAUUCUGCAAGAAAAAGGAAUGUCGCUGGGUGAAAUUGACGAUAUUAUCUGGUCGCACAGUCACUGGGACCACAUGGGCAGUCCUAAUCUAUUUCCUCACUCGACGAAUCUCUGCUACGGAAAGGGAACCGGCGUUUUCCCUGGCUACCCUCACAACCCGACUUCCAACCUGAACGCGGAGGACUUUGAGGGAAGGAAGUGCGUAGAGAUUGACUGCAAGGACCUGCACAUUGGACCAUUUCCGGCGCAUGACUUCUAUGGUGACGGCUCUCUAUAUCUACUUGACACUCCCGGCCACUGGCCAGGCCAUCUGUGCGCUCUCGCCCGCACCACGCCCAACACUUUUCUCUUCCUCGGUGGAGAUAUCUGUCACUUCUCUGGAGACUUCCGGCCGAGCGAAUGGAUUCCUUUCCCCAAAACCGUUCCAGAGGCAGCCUUGCGUGGACAUGCCAGAAAAUACCCCAUGCCCUGUCCGUGUGCCUUUUUCAGCGACCACCAUCCUCAAUUGCACGAUGAAGAGAUUGAUCCAUCCACAGUCGACAAGGAGAAGACAGCCUUCUACCGUCUUUCGACCCAUAAGCAUUCAUCUUACAAAGACCCUGCGUUGGCAACGAUAACAACUGCCAAGAUGCAGCAGUACUUUGACUCGGACCCGAAUGUGCUAGUCUGCUUGUCUCACGACACUUCGUUAGUCGAUCUUCUGCCGACCUUCAACGAUAGCCCAGAGAAAGACCUCAACAAAUGGAAGGAGCAGGGUCUGAAGGAGAAAUGUCACUGGGGCUGGCUUGGAGAAUUGCCGCGGUACGACAACGACGGCAAUGUCAUCGGCCAAGGGUACCGGGAGAUUCCCGUUGUGGAGGGCUUGUGGAAGGAAGGUCGUCGGGUUGAGUCAUUUGACUAA